CUCAGAUGGGGCUGAGACUGUGGCAAGGCUGAAGUCUCGGCUGGAUUUGGGGUUUUAGGUGGGUGCUCUGAGGGCCAUGCAGCCCUCUACCAGGCCUGGGCUGCCUCUGCCCAAAUACUGCAGUGUGGCCACAACCCGGAAAGCCCCUGACCUGGAUGGUGCCGCGCCACCCUGUGACCCCUUCACCUGUCCCUUUGCCACGCAGGCACCCUGGCUGCCCAUGAACUGCACACUCACCAGGUAUGCCUCUUGUCACCCAUGUUCCCACACUGCUGGUCCACCAUGGCAGGGGCUUAGCUGGCUGGGAAGAGUUGGAGAUGCUGCUGGCCCCUGGGUCCUGGCCAGGAGGGAACCUGAUGGCUUUUAUUAUCUGGCUCAGAUCAAGGCUGCUCCAGAGCUGGAGAGGCGGGGGGCCCUGGUUGUGGAAUUUGAGGCUCCCCUUGUCACAGGCCUAAAGCUGCCAGCCCAACAACGGAGAGUGGUAUUUCCAGAAGAUGUCAUUCAGUUCUCGCCAUCUGUGCCACACUCACUGCAACCAGGUGACAAGGUGCUGGCACCCUGGGAACCAGAGCAGCAGCAGUUCGGCCCUGGCACUGUUCUCUUGGGCUUGAAGAAACAAAAAGGCCAAAGAGCAUCUAAAGAAGAAGAGAUUAUUGUUCACUUCUGGAAUGGCAAGACAACUAAGGUGCCUCUAGACAGGGUCCAGUGUGUGCCCCCCACUGUCUGGAAGAAGGCUGUGGAGAGACUAGAAACACCUCACACAAGGGACUACCACAGUCCUUUUCUUUGGGUACCUCACUGCUCUCAGUUGGGACCUAACACUGGAUGCUCCACACACAAGCCUCCUCUGAACUCUUCCUUCUUAUGCCCUCCCUGCCUCUCUCAUGCCCGCUGCCAGCUUCUGUAUCAGAGCUGUUUCUGCAGCUGUCCUUUGAUGGGGCCUAGCUGGUGGCCUCUAACUGGGACCUCAGAGGUCACAACCAGAAAAUGCCCAGAGCUGGAGCUGAAGCCCACAGCUCAGCUUCUGCCCCUACAAGGUCCUAAAGAGGAGGCCAUAGCAGCGUUCAGCUACAAUAUGUCCUCCUCCUCUGAGGAAGAGAAUUCAGAGAGUCAUCUGGAGAUGGGACUUCCUGAGAGACAGAUGGUAAGCAGGGCAGUCAACACUGACCCCUUCCUUUCUGAGAAGCCGCGGCAGCAAUUCGACCCCCGCCAGCCUGAGUGGAGGUACUGGAGGAGAAAUGGGCCUGAGCCACCCCCUGGAAAACCAGUCUUGGGUUUAGGAACAAGAUGUUGCCACAAAAAGAAAAAAGACAAGGACAACCAACAGGACAGAGUGCCAGCUGCAGUUGUGGGGACUACCCAGGAGCUAGCCCUGGAAGCCACCAACAAGAAACCACAGCAGACUCAACCAGAAGCUGAACACAGACAACGAAGCCAGGCAUUAGAACAAUCAGAGGAACAAUUCCCUUAGUAGAAAAGUCCUGAGCAUCUGGGUAAAGCAGAAUGCCUGGGCAGGGUAUCCAAGGGGCUCCUUAAGUAGUUCUUCCUGGGGUCAUAUUGUUUGAGGAUGGUAAAAAUAUGGCCCCUCUCCAGAAAACCACAUACCCACUGUUUUGCAUGUGUCAGAAGAUGCAGAGGACCCACAAAGUUCAUUCCAGGCUUCCGGAAGGAUGUGCAAGGCUCCCUAUAAAGUUUCCCAAGUCAGGCAGUUUACAACCACCUGUUAUUCCAGCUCCAGGGGUCAGAUCCCCUCUUCUGGACUCUGAGGGUACCUAUACUCCAGGUGCACAAGUCCACACAUAUACACAUAAUUUUAAAAACUGGGGCUAGAGUGGACUCAUUGGUUAAGAGCAUUUGCUGCUCUUAAAGAGGACCCAGGUUUGCUUCUAGCACUCAUAUGGCAGCCAACAACCAUCUUCUGGCCUCCGUGGGUACCAGGCAUGCACAUGGUACAUAUGCAAAAUACUCAUACACACAGAAAUAAUCUUAAAAGGCAAACUGGGUAUUGUGGUUCAUGUCUGUAAAUCCCAAGAUUUGGGAAGCUGAGGCAGGAUGAUUAUUGCAAAUGUGAGGCCAGCCUAGGUGUGUACUAGGCUGGUCUGCUACUACAGUGUGAGAUCCUGUCUCAUCUUAAAAAUCAAAACAGAAACAAAACAAAAAUCUUUAAAAUUACAGUCAGCCUAUAAGAUUGAAAUUUUGGAGCUGAGGACCGAACCCAGGGCCUUGCACUUGCUAGGCAAGUGCUCUACCACUAAGCUAAAUCCCCAACCCUAAAGAUUUUUCUCCUAGAGGAAGUUAAGGAAAAUGAGGUAAACACUUGAAAAGAGGUUUUAAAAGAGCGGCUGACAAAGCCUUAACAGAAGGAGGCUGAGCACAGGCCGCAGGUGAGAAUGUCUAACAGGGCCCGCUCCCCUCCCGAGAGCUCCUGCAGGGAAGCAGCAUUUGGAAGACACCUUGUUGUGAGGGCCACAGGAGCUGGUGGUCCUGCACUGGACUUCCUGCCAGGGGCCUGCUGAACGGCUUAGGACACUUAUCACAAAAGGGGCAGGGUGUGCCCACCUGCUGUCUUCUCAUAAAGCCUACAGUUGUACAUGGGAAACAUUGUGUUUUUUUCUUUUUAAUACCAAUAAAAUGAAUUCUUUUUAGUUCCAAAUCUCUCCCUUUAUUAUCAUAAUUAACACUUAUUUGGAAAGCCAGUAGUAAGAGCUGUUCAGACAGCACCAUUACAUUAUUGU